AUGUCAGCUCUCUCCUCUUGCGCCCAUGUAUGGUUCCAGCAACGCCAAAUCGGAAAACUCCCACCACUUUAUCUCAGCAGCUCCCCCUCAGAAUCCAAACUGAAGCAUAUGGAACACCAUUGGAUCAAAGUUAUCCAACAGUACCAAUAUAUGCCCGAAGCAGACGUAUUGAAUAUUACCAUGCUCCAAGAAGAGCUAGAGAGAGGAAUUUCGAAGGAAAAGAGAAUAGCUGUGCAGGAAUAUGUCUUCAAUGUAGAAGAUCCGGAAAGGAGAGCUAUGUUGGAAGUAUGGUUGGCGAGGUUCCCGGGCUUCAUGUUGAGGACUGAUAGAUUGGUGGAUUUUGGGGUUGCGGAUAGGAGGCAAAAGAUUGGGGCUUUGAGUGCGUGGAAAUCUUGGCUUAGGGAGUGGAAAAUUUGGUGA